AUGGUCGUUCUACCUUCACCCUUCAGCGAGAUCAGUCGCAUUCCCCUCAUGUAUGAUCGCCCAUCAGAUGUCGAAAUCCUGGACCGACUGACGGCCAAUUUGAGUUGUGGCGCUACCUUCUGGAUCAAGAGGGAUGAUUCAAAUUCCGGCCUGGCAGGUGGCGGCAACAAGAUCCGCAAACUCGAGUACGUCCUGGCGGAUGCUUUGUCCCAAGGUGCCGACACGUUGGUGACUACUGGUGGUAUUCAAUCCAACCACAUGAGGCAGACCAGUGCUGCUGCGGCCCAUUUGGGGCUGAAUGUGGCUUUGUACCCUCGCGACUUGGUUCCAGCUAAUGAGACGGAGUACUCAUAUGCCGGGAACGUUCAGUUAAAUCAAAUACUGGGCGCUGAAGUCUUCCCAGUCGGUACUACGGAAGGGGAGGUAAUCGAGGCCUUAAGAAGCCGCGGCAGGCAGCCGUACAUGAUCCCAUCCGGGGCGAGCCUCCAUCCUCUGGGCGGACUGGGUUAUGCCAGAGCCGCAUUCGAGAUCCUUGAGCAGGAGAAGCAACUUGAAGUGACUUUUCAUACUAUCAUUACUGCUGUAGGAUCUGGGUCGACAUUGGGUGGAUUAGUGACAGGUUUUAAACUCGCAGAGACUCGUGGGUUGAUCCCACAAAAGAAGCGGCUUCUCGGCUUUUCUAUCGGCCAUAGGAAGGCUGAUAUGACUGACAUCGUUCUUCGUAUCGCGAGGACUGCUGCUACGAAGAUUGGUCUCAAGGCGGAAGAUAUUACCGAAGAUGAUUUUGAAAUCAGCGAUGAGUUCCUAGGAGACGCUUACGGGGUGUUAAAUACGAAGACCAUGGAUGGCAUCAAGGAGCUUGCCCGGACAGAGGGAAUUCUGACAGACCCUGUGUACACUGGUAAGGCUUUUACAGGCCUUCUCAGCAUGGCGAAGAGUGGCCAACUCGGAACAGGGAACGUGUUGUUCUUACAUACGGGUGGUCAAGUGGCUAUGAGUGCUUAUCCCCAAUUGAAGUAG